AUUGACAUCCUAUUCCCCUUUCUCUGCAUUGCCCCGGAAGCGCCGCGGGCCAUGCGCAGGGACAGGCUCAGCGCGUAGUCGGCCAAUGAAAGACGGAAGGAACUAGAAUCGCUCUGCGGAAAAAAGCUCUGCAGGAGUUUCAUUCCGGAGCCGCCGCCCUCGCGCCGCCCCCGAGGCCCCCCGAGGCCCCACAAGGCCCUCCGUCAUGGCGUCCUUCCGGGAGCUGUACGCCAAGUUCCGCCACGAGCUGCAGGAGUCGUGGCAGACGGCGGAGGUGACGGCGCACUUCGGGCCGACGUCAACGCUGGACGACAUGUUCCGCUACCUGUGGUGCCUCCCGGAGACCUUCCAGCUGUUGGCGCCGCCCGCCGGCGACCCGCGCAUCAGCCGCAAGGGCGCCGCCGAGGCCGAGCGCUUCCGCAACGAGGGAAACCGGUUCUACCGCGAGCAGAAGUUCGACAAGGCGCUGCUGGCCUACAACUACAGCAUCCUGGCGGCGCCGCAGCCUCCCGCCGCCGCGUCGGAGGCGCCGGCGACGCCCGAGCACGAGUGCCUGGCGCUCGGCUACGCCAACCGCUCGGCGCUGCUGCUCCAGAGCGGCCAGUUCGAGGCGGCGCUGGAGGACAUCGAGCGGGCGCUGGCCAGCGGCUACCCUGCGUCGCGCGCCCACCGCCUGCUGGAGCGCCGCGCCAAGUGCCUGCUGGCGAUGGACAAGGGCCAGGAAGCGCGCAAAUGCCUCGAGGAAGCCGUGGCGCUCCUGGCCGGCCUGUCCCUCAGCGAGAAGGAGAAGGCCAGCACGCACGGCGCCCUGACCAAGCUGCUGGCCAAGUGCGACGCCAAGGGCCAGGCCAGGGCGGCCAUCUGCCACGACGAGCGCCUCUUCUACACGGGCGCCUCGGCCCCGCCUGCCGUCCCGACCCCGCGCCCGGACGCCGCCUGCAUGUCGGCCGCCGUCAAGGUCGCCUACACGCCCGUGCGAGGCCGCCACCUGGUGGCCGACCGGGACAUCCUCCCAGGUGAGGUCCUCGUGGUUGAGGCCCCCGUCUGCGCCGCCGUCAAGCCGGACGGGACUUUCCGGACGCACUGCUCGCACUGCCUCAGGCGCGCCCCUGUCCCGCUCCCCUGCCCCACGUGCUCGCUCGUGGUGUUCUGCAGCGACCGCUGUCGGGCGGCGGGACUGCGCGCCUCCCACGGCGGCGAGUGCGCGAUGCUGGCGCCGCUGGUGGCCCUGAAGCUGGACCCGGCGCCUCUCCUGGCCGCUAGGAUCCUCGCCUCCACCACGCUCGAACAGCUGCGGGACACCCUGCGCCAGCUGCAGACCAACAGCACGGGGGGCAACAAGCCCCAGCUGGAGAUCUCGGGAGGCUACCGCGCGCUCUACCACCUGGAGGGCCACGCCACCGCCCGCUCCGAGGCGCAGCUGCAGGAGGUCGCCGCCAUGGCCUACAUUCUGACGCGCGUCUUGCUAGAGAACAGCUCGAUGUUCCUGAAGAAUAAGGAGGGGAGCAUCUCCAUCCCCUCCCUGGACGACGUCGUCCUCAUCGGAGGCCAGUUCAUGCGCCUCAUCCUGGGCCUGGAGUGCAACGUGCACUGCAUGAAGGAGGUGGAGACCGGGGGCGGCCCGGCGGAGGGGGGCGUCCUGGGCCGGAGCCGCGGGCGGGAGGUGGGUUGGGCCGUCUACUCCGCCCUCAGCCUCAUCAACCAUUCGUGCGUGCCCAAUGCGCUCACAUCCUGCCUCGGAAGCACCAAGUUCCUGUACAGUGUCAGCGAGAUUCCUCGCGGCGCCGAAAUCACGGACAGCUACGGGGAGAGGUACGUAAGCCACGCCAGGGCGAAGCGUCGGGCCGAGCUGCAGCAACACUACUUCUUCUGCUGCAACUGCGCCGCGUGCCAAGGGGACUGGCCUCUCUUCGAAAACAUCACCAUUAUGCCAAGCUUACGAUGCCCAUCGUGCUUCCAAAAACUGAACGGGUUUUCAUGCAGUUUGUGUGACUUGGUUUGCAACCAAGAUGCCGUGACCCAGACGGGAGUCCGCCUCUAUGAUGCUCAGAAGAUCCAAACUGACCUGGGAAAUCUGUGGACUGAGUAUGCUCAGGCUUCCAAAACAAUACGCAGUGGCAAGUCCUCUCAAGAAUGCUUGUCCAAAGUCACUGACCUCCUCACCCUCCUGGACCGAUACACAGUCCACCCCAACCAGGCCUACAUCACCGCGCAGGAGACACUCAUGACGUGUUUCGACCUCAUGGGGUCAGUUUAUAUACAAGAAACUAACCAAACCAAAUCUUCGGGCGGGAAAGAGUGACAGAAACUGAUGCUUUGUUGAAUGCUGUCGAGCUCAAGUGGUGAAUUUGAAUUUUUAUGGCUGUCUGCAGAAUGUGUUAGCAUAGUGCAUAGUAUUCAACUGCUCUGGAAGAAAAAAAUAUUGUAUAUAUAAAAUUGUUAUUAUUGUUAUGCCUAAAUACAUUUGGUAAAUUUCCAGAGUUGCAAUGUACAAACAAAUUCUGUGAUUUUUAGCUAAGCAUCCAUCAAAACCAGGGUUUCAGAUGAGUUUUUUACAUGCUGCAUGUCACUAGUCUUGAUGCUUUCUGAAUGACUGCAAAUGGAACAAAGUUAAGCAAUAAACCUUUUGAAAAAUAA